AUGAUUCCAAAGCAGGUGUUGCGAUUGGCAAGCAAGCCCCCGCCCGUUGUGGUCACGGCAGGUACUAUUCGGACGCGGGCUCACAAGGAAUUAAAAUGCCGAUGCUACCUUUAUACCUCAAGUGCUAUCGAAGCCCGAGGAGCUUGCAGAGACAACGACCCAAAGAUCAAGGAAAUCUGUAAACAUAUCGCUUUCGAAGGUUGGGCGAACGACGAGAAGUUCUUGGCCUGGGUCAAGUGUCAGACUGAGUAUGCGCACGAAACUGAGCCGAUGGAAAUCGUUCUUACCCACUUCGAAAGGAAGUUCAAUGAGCUCGGCCCUGAACUCGAAUUCGAAGAGUUAUGCAAACUCUCCGGUCUUAAUGAAAACCUCGUUCAUAAAUUUGCCACGGAAGUCCCCAAACUCACAUGGUCGGGCAUCGUCCAAUCGGGACCGAUGCUUCCCUAUCUCAAAAAGCUGGUGGAAUCGUACAAAACCUCUCCACUCGAAAAAGACGACACCCCACCAGGCUACGAGGAUUGGUAUCAUGGAACCGACGGGUUCACCGCCGAGAAUAUCUGUCGUUCGAAAAUCCAGCUACCCAAUGGCAUGCUUAACCACUCCUUUGGUGUUGUCAAGGCGUUUUAUGUCACCAACUCGAAGGAAAGCGCCAUGUUCCAAGCAUGGGCUAAGAUGCUAUUCAACACCCGCGGUGGAAUCUGGUGCGAAAGCGCUGCAGUUAUCCAUUUCCGGAUAUGUCGGGCCGACCUCGAAAAUUUCAUACCGUACCUCCGCCUGUGUCACCGCGACCCUUUCACAGGACAGGCCAAUUGGAAAUUAAGACUCCACAGCGACGAUGUGACCGUCGGUGACUACCAUGAUGUUGUCACCAGAUCUCGCAGCACGCCGAAGUCUGUUUGCCUUUCUGUUGAUGAGAACUCAAAUAACCCAGACCCGGUGGUCCCGCGUCGCAUUCAAUGGAUUCAGGGAGUCAACCACAUGAGCAAAAUCAAGGAUACGCACCCGCAAAAGUGGCAAGUCGAAGCCAACGAGGACAUUCUCGGCUAUCCGUCACCCGGACCUUGCGAAAUAUUUUGA